CUCAAAACAAAAAGAGAGGGCGCGCGGUUCGGAUUCGGUCGCGGACAAAUCCAUCGGGAAAUUUAGCGGAGUUAAAGUAUUAAAUUUUAGCAAAUAUGUUGCUAGCCAAAUUCUAGAUAGGUAAACCAAUUUAAAGUUAAGCCACGGCCCACACCCCACUGUGUGCAAUAGGCGAGGAUUAAGGAUCCUGAACCGUCCCGGCAGCACGCUUGCCGAUCAACUGCAAACACGGCGUCCCCGCGCAGCUACGUCCGCUCACGCUCCACCCCCCAGUCGCCCCACUCCCCCCAGGCGGCGGCACUCCUCGGCGGUAGAGCGGCCCAGCAGCACUACCACCCCCACCACCAUCACCAUCACUCCCCCUCGCCGUCACCAUCGUCGCCAUCGCCGUCGUGCCCCACGCUGCAGCUGCAGCCGCGGUUGCACCAAUCCGAGCAGCAGCUCUGCCAGCGCCGGAGUCGCCUCUAUGCAUCGACGGGGAGUGCCGCCAACAUCAUGAUGGAUCGCGAAUCCCUUAGCGAAUGGGCUAAGGACAAGCCGCUCAGCAUCCUGCAGCUGGACCCGGCGGAUCGAGCGGUUCUCCGCAUAGCAGAUGAACGCGAUGCCAUUCAGAAGAAGACUUUCACAAAAUGGGUUAACAAACAUCUGAAAAAGCACUGGAAGUAUGCUAAGACCUAUACUAUGCUACAUGUUUGUGUCACCACAAAUGGCAUACCCUGUUGUCCUCAGUCUGCCAAUCGUCGUGUGGUGGACUUGUUUGAAGAUCUGCGCGAUGGUCACAAUUUACUUUCACUCCUGGAGGUGCUAUCUGGCGAACACCUGCCACGCGAGAAGGGUAAAAUGCGUUUCCAUAUGCUGCAGAAUGCACAAAUGGCACUGGACUUUCUGCGCUACAAGAAGAUCAAACUGGUCAACAUACGGGCCGAGGACAUUGUGGAUGGCAAUCCCAAGCUCACACUGGGCCUGAUCUGGACAAUAAUAUUGCAUUUCCAGAUCUCCGAUAUUGUUGUGGGCAAGGAGGACAACGUAUCCGCUCGGGAGGCUCUGCUGCGGUGGGCGCGCCGCUCGACUGCUCGGUAUCCGGGCGUGCGUGUCAAUGACUUUACGUCGUCGUGGCGCGACGGAUUGGCCUUCUCGGCCCUGGUGCAUCGCAACCGACCGGACUUGCUUGACUGGCGAAAGGCAAGGAACGAUCGGCCCCGCGAGCGCCUGGAGACGGCCUUCCACAUCGUGGAGAAGGAGUACGGCGUGACGCGCCUCUUGGAUCCAGAAGAUGUGGACACCAACGAGCCGGAUGAGAAGUCCCUCAUCACGUACAUCUCGUCGCUGUACGACGUAUUCCCGGAGCCACCAUCCAUCCAUCCGUUGUUCGAUAUGGAGUCACAACGCCGGGUGCAUGAGUACCGCGACCUGGCCCAGCAGUUCAUCUACUGGUGCCGCGAGAAGACCGCCUACUUGCAGGAGCGCUCCUUCCCGCCGACCCUCAUCGAGAUGAAGCGCCUGCUGAGCGAUCUGCAGCGCUUCCGCAGCGAGGAGGUCAGUGCCCGCAAGCGCGAGAAGUCCAAGCUCAUCCAGAUCUACAAGGAGCUGGAGCGUUACUUCGAAACCGUUGGGGAGGUGGACGUGGAGGCGGAACUCCGACCGGAUGCCAUCGAGAAGGCCUGGUACCGCAUGAACACGGCGCUGCAGGAUCGCGAGGUUAUCCUCCAGCAGGAGAUCGAGCGACUGGAGCGCCUCCAACGGCUGGCCGACAAGGUCCAGCGCGAAAUCAAGCACGUGGACCAGAAGCUGACCGAUCUGGAGACGCGCAUCGUCGAGGAGGGACGCCGCAUCGAGCGACUGCAUCCCGUCGACGCCAAGAGCAUUGUGGAGGCCCUCGAAACGGAGAUCCGUCACCUGGAGGAGCCCAUACAGGACAUGAACCAGGACUGCCAUGUGCUCAACGAGGGCCGCUAUCCCCACGUCAGCGAGCUGCACAAGAAGGUCAACAAACUGCACCAGAGAUGGGCCCAGCUGCGCACCAAUUUCCACACGAACCUGGUACAGAAACUGUCCGGUUUGAAGUAUCCCGUCCACGAGACCACGGUGACGCGUCAAACGCGCAUGGUGGUCGAGUCCCGUCAGAUCGACACGAAUCCCCACUUCCGCGAUCUGCAGGAGCACAUUGAAUGGUGUCAGAACAAGUUGAAACAAUUGCUGGCCGCCGACUACGGCAGCGACUUGCCAUCGGUGAAGGAGGAACUGGACCGCCAACAGCACGAGCACAAGAUCAUCGACCAGUUCCACUCGAAAAUACUCAACGACGAGCGCCAGCAGACCAAGUUCUCCGGCGACGAGCUGGCCCUCUACCAGCAGCGACUCAACCAGCUGCAGAAGGUCUACGCCGAGCUGCUCAGCACCUCGACGAAGCGGCUCUCGGACCUCGACUCGCUGCAGCACUUCCUGGGCCAGGCCUCGGCGGAGCUGCAGUGGCUCAACGAGAAGGAGCAGGUGGAAAUCUCGCGCGACUGGGCGGACAAGCAACUCGAUCUGCCCUCCGUGCACAGAUACUACGAGAACCUUAUGUCCGAGCUGGAGAAGCGCGAGAUGCACUUUGCCACCAUCCUGGACCGCGGAGAGGCGCUGCUGAACCAGCAGCACCCGGCCUCGAAGUGCAUCGAGGCCCAUCUGACGGCCCUGCAACAGCAGUGGGCCUGGCUGCUGCAGCUGACCCUCUGCCUGGAGGUGCACCUCAAGCACGCCACCGAGUACCACCAGUUCUUCGGCGAGAUCAAGGACGCCGAGCAGUGGCUGGCCAAGCGCGACGAAAUACUCAACAGCAAAUUCUCGCAGUCCGACUUCGGACUGGACCAGGGGGAGACCCUGCUGCGUGGCAUGCAGGACCUGCGCGAGGAGCUGAAUGCCUUCGGCGAGACCGUGGCCACCCUGCAGCGCCGGGCCCAGACCGUGGUGCCCCUGAACAAGCGCCGUCAGCCGGUGAACCGGCAGGGCCCAGUGCAGGCCAUCUGCGCCUACAAGCAGCAGGGCCAGCUGCCGAUCGAAAAGGGAGAGACGGUGACGCUGCUGGACAACUCGGGACGCGUCAAGUGGCGUGUGCGCAACUCGAAGGGGCAGGAAGGCUCCAUUCCCGGAGCCUGCCUGCUGCUACCGCCACCGGAUCAGGAGGCCAUCGAUGCCGCCGAGCGUCUGAAGCGGCUCUUCGACCGCUCCGUGGCCCUCUGGCAGAAGAAGCACCUGCGUCUGCGCCAGAACAUGAUCUUUGCCACCAUCCGCGUGGUCAAGGGCUGGGACUUUGACCAGUUCCUGGCCAUGGGUCCGGAGCAGCGCACCGCCAUCCGGCGGGCUCUCAACGACGACGCCGACAAGUUGCUCAGCGAGGGCGAUCCCAAUGAUCCGCAGCUGCGACGUCUCCGCCGUGAAAUGGACGAGGUCAACCGACUGUUCGAUGAGUUCGAGAAGCGAGCCCGCGCCGAAGAGGAGAGCAAGCAGGCCAGUCGCAUCUUCACGGAGGAAUGCAUUGCCAUCAAGAGCAAGCUGGAGGACAUGGCUCGAGAGCUGGACCAGAUCAUCCUGGCUCCGUUGCCGCGCGAUCUGGACUCUCUGGAGCAUGUGCUCGAGAUCCAUGCGGACUACGAGCGCCGGCUGCAUCUGCUGGAGCCGGAGCUGAAGCACCUCCAGGAGACCUUCCGGACGAUUGCCCUGAAGACUCCGGUGCUGAAGAAGAGCCUGGACAACCUGAUGGAGCUGUGGAAGGAGCUGAACACCCAGAGCGGCCUGCACAAGGACCGUCUCAAGCUGCUGGAGGCCUCGCUGGCCGGCCUGGAGGACAACGAGCACGUCAUCUCCGAGCUGGAGAACGAGCUGGCCAAGCACCAGGACCUCCCGUCGACCGCCGAGGGCCUGCAGCAGGUGUUCAAGCAACUGACCCACAUGCAGGACGUCAUCACCCAGCAGCAGCCGCAGAUGGACAAGAUGAACGACGCCGCCGACCAGCUGGGUCGGAUGGGAGUGCCCACCAAGGUGCUCGGCGACCUCAAGCGGCUGCACUCGAACGUGGAGCGUCUGAACACGCGCUGGAGUGCGGUCUGCAACCAGCUGGCUGAAAGAAUGCGCUCAUGCGAAACGGCUAUCGGGCUAAUGAAGAAUCUCCAGUCGAGCGUGCAAGUGGAGGAAUCAUGGGUGGAUGGCACCACCGAACGUCUGUCUGCCAUGCCCACCGCCACCUCGGCCUACGAACUAGACAAACUGCUCGGAGCUGCAAUCGAACGAAAACCAAAAAUCGAAAAUGUCAACGUGGCUGGAGGACGACUGAUACGCGAAGCCAAGAUCUACGACAGUAAAUGUUUACGGUUCGUGGACUGGCUCCUUGAGGCCCGGCCCUCGUUUUCGCCACCGCGUCGGGAUCUCCGUCCGGCGGAUAGCGAUCCGGGCGCCACCCAGUAUUACAGCCAGCGGUUGGACAAUCUCAAUACGAAAUACGACAGGUUGCUGGAACAACUGUCGCAGAGGCUGAAGACGGCCAUCGAGGUGAACGGCAGCGACGGUCUGCAAUACGCUGAGAGUCUACAGAAACCGCUCAAGACCUUUAGGGUUGACUUCAGUGCGGGCAGCGUGCCAACUGGCGAUGGCUACGCUGCACGCCCGGAGGAUCUCUACACCACCACCUACAGCACCACACAAUUCAGCUCAACGAAAACAACGAAAAGCUCUACGAAGAGCAUCUACAGUAGCGAUGGCUUGGACGCCGCUAGUCAGGAGGUCAUCACCUCCAACCUGCCCCAGUCUCAGAUCCAGUUCAACGAAAUUCGGACGCUCAAGCGUGCCCAGCAGCUGGGCGGGAACUCUGUGCUGGACAUUGCCGGAAUACGUGACCCGCGAACGGGUCGCGUCCUGACCAUCGGCGAGGCCAUCCAGCUGCGCAUUCUGGAUGUGCGAACGGGAGAGAUGCUGGUGGGCGACCGCCGCAUCAGCCUGGAACAGGCCGCCGAACAGGGACUGAUCGAUGCCCAGCUGGCCAGACAGCUGCUCCAGCCCGGAGCCGGUCGCGAUGCCAGUGGCAGAGAGCUGUCACUGCUGGAGGUUAUCCAGCGGGAGAUUAAUGAGGCGGAAUCCGGCUACGAGACGGCCGAGAAGAGGAUCAAGGUAAACAACACGGUGACCGUAGAGACGACAGGGUCGCCGGAGAAUCCGCGCAACAUUGCCGACGCCAUUACUGCGGGGAGUGUGGACACCAAGACGGGCCUGUACCGCGUCAAGUCGGGCCAGACGAUCAGCCUGGCGGAGGCCUACGAGCGGGGCUACCUCAUCCGGCACGAGUCGGUGACAAUCAAGUCGAAUGCACUGUGCCUGAGCGAUGCCAUCGCCCACGGCCUGGUCGACGGCGCCGGCUGGAUAGCGGACCGCAACUCCGGCGACAAGUUCCGGCUGGACUCGGCCAUUGCCAAUCAGCUAAUAGACGCGGGUGUGCGCGAAGUGGUGGACGCGAAGCGCGAUACGAAGAUCACGCUGCAGGAGGCACUGCAGUCGGGCGUCCUGAAUGCCAAGACGGGUCGGUACGUAAACGAGGUGACCAAGGAGAAGCUCACCUUCGCGGAGGCGCGCAACCGUCAGUUGAUCGUUAAACCGUACACGCUGAAGGACAUCUGCGAUCUGAACCUGCUCGACAAGCAGGCCCAGAUCACGAGUCCCAUGCGCCGCGAGAAACUGAGCAUCAUGCAGGCCAUCGAGGCGGGCGUUCUGGACGGCAACAACCUGAAAUGCAUCACGAAACGGAAGGGCGAACUGGUCACCCUUCAGGAGGCCAUCGCCGACGGUAUCGUUCUGCCGGCGGAGUGCAAGUACCGCGACUUUAUGACCGGGGAACUGAUCAGCAUACCCGAGGCGGUCGAACGCGGUUUGAUUAGUUCGGUGGCGCAGCGGUCGAUCUUCGAUAUCGACGGGUUCAAGGACCUGAGGAGCAGCGACUAUGUUAGCUUUAAUGUGGCCCUCUCGCGCGACCUUUUGCGUCGCAAGAGCACGGGCUUUGCCUUGGAGACGGGUAGGGAUAGUCUGGUGCCCCUAGAGGUUGCGGUGGGCGAGGGUCUGGUGCGCCAAGAGGUGUACGAGAUGUUCAAUCGGGGCAUUGGGGUACAGAACGCCAGCGGGCAGGAGCUCAGUGUCUUCGAUCUGGUCUAUCACAAUCUGAUUGACCCGAAGACGGGCUACCUCCUGGACCCCAAGACGGGGGAGACAGUUCCUUUGGACACCGCCAUCGAGCGGAAGUUUAUCACCCCCGAGGGUGCCCUGCUUCUGAGCAGCUUGCUCAACAUCACCUUGACCACGGAGACGGUGACCAGGACGAUCAACAGGUACGUGACAAUCAGGGCGGGUUCCCAGGAGCCGGGCGACCAGGUGCUGCUCACAUUUACGGAGGCAGUACGUCAGGGAUUUAUCGACGAAGAAAGGCAGCUAUUCAAGGACCCCAAAACGGGCAACAUCUACUCGGUGCAGCAGGCCCUCAACUACGGACUGCUCGUCCCCGACAGCAACCAAACCGUGCCGGAGCCAACGAACAGGAAGAAGACAAAGUCCACCAUCACCAUUGUGACCAAGCAGAUCAUCCCAGAGGCAGAGCCCAUCAAGCUGAACACCCAGCACACGAAGUACGUGGAGAAGUCUGUCGAGAUUCCCAUUUCCCAGGAGCUCAUCAAGCCCCAGCGAGUGGUCUCCGACUUCAUCAACAUGGAGAAGAGCAGCUACAUCGAGCAGAACGUGACCGAGCGACAGAUCAUGGAACUGCCUCCGGGUGGAUGGCGCCUCAAGGACGCCAUCGAGCAGCGUAUCUUCAACCCGGACACGGGAGUGUUCCACGUCCAGGGCACCGAUCGCUUGGUUAGCUUCGAGGAGUGCAUCAGCAAGCAGAUUAUCAACAACCUGUCGGUGUCCAUCAUCGAUCCCAGCACCGGCGACAAGAUCUCCGUGCAAUCGGCCUUCGAACGUGAUAUUCUGGACAGCUAUGGCAACUACACCAACAGCAGGAAGCAGGUCCUGGGCAUGCGCAGUGCCAUUGACGAGGGCAAGAUCAUUCUGGAGACGGUGCCGGCGACCAGAGGUUCCAGUCAGAAGACAAUCCUGCGCAUCACGAGGGUGAACAACAUGCCCGAUGUGCUGGAGGUCUCCACGCCCCUCAAGGACGCGCCGCCAAAGUUUGUGGAGGUGAUCACCUGCCAACGUGAGCUGGCCUCACCGGAGCCUCUGCAAAUCGCUCCAGGGGCCAUCUACGAUCCGUCCACGGCUCUGGUCAUUUUCACCCAAAGCGGCGAGACCGAGAACAUCUUCGACGCCGCCCGCCAGGGACUCAUAGACGAGCAGCUCAUCAAGAUCGUCGACCCGAGAACCAAGCAGCCCAUUUCCGUAACAGAGGCCAUUGCCCGAUCCAUUUACGAUCCCAAAACAGAAACCAUCCUCGAUGCGGAGGGACAGCCCGUCGAUCUGAUUACCGCCACCAAGCUGGGCCUGCUCAGCGUGGUGGGUGCUCCUCUGGUGGCUGCCGAGGGAGCUCUGCGAACGGUUCGCUUCGUCACGGAUCCACGAACAGGCGAGCAAAUCCCAGUGGAGGUGGCCUACGAACGAGGCAUUGUGUCGCGGGACCAACUCCAGCGCGGAAGGUCCUUCGACAGCGAACCGCCGACGACGACAGUGGAGGAAAAGGUUGUGGUGCUGCAGAGGAUGCGGAAGAUCAUCCUGAAGCCUAAGGAUGCCUUGCGCAAGGGAAUCAUUGAUGAGGAGACCUGUAAUAUACUCGAGGACACGGGCAACUUUACCAAUCCCCAGGGAGAGGUGGUGAACAUCACCGAGGCCUUGAACACGGGCAUGAUUGACGGGCGUCGUGGCAAGGUCAUCGAUCCCCAGAGCAACCGUGUGCUGAAUUUGCGUCAAGCCGUGGAACAGAAGAUACUCGAUCCCGAGCAGACCAAUCACAUACUCAUGCCGCUGGCCAAGAGCCUGUCGGUGCCACGACUGGCAGCCCAGGGACUAGUUGAUCCGCAAACCCAGACCAUUGUGCACCCGGAGAGCGGAUAUCCGCUGAGCAUUCACGAGGCAAUCGUGUGCGAGGUCUUGGAUCCGCACUCGACGCUGCGCAAGCCCGAGAAGUGCACGCUGGAGGCGGCCAUCAAGAAGGGCAUCGUCGACGCGGAUGAGUCCAUCUUCAAGUACAAGAACAAGAACCUCACCAUCAGCGAGGCAAUCGAAGCCAGGCUCUUCGACCCGAGCUACGACCAACAAAAGUCCAAGGUGGAGAUCCCACCGGUGGGCAUGAUAUUCCCAGUGGCGGUUGAGAAGAGUCUGGUGGAGCCGUCGAAGCGAGUGGUCCUGCACCCGAGCACCAAGAACGCUCUGCCCAUCAAGCAGGCCAUCGAAGAGAACUUCAUCAUGUCCAUUCCAUAUGCGCCCAAGAAAGACGCCAUCGAGGUGGUGGCCGCGAUGGAGCGAGAUCUAAUCGAUGUUGCCGCCCAAACCCUCACCGUUCCAACUACGGGAGAGCGCUUGCCGCUGCGCCAGGCUAUGGAAAAUGGAGUGCUGGUGGUGAAGCAACUGUCCGAUUUUGUGGUCACCCAGAAGCCCAUUCCGAAGACGGAAAUCAUGGAAACUGUACGAGCCGUGCACACAGUGACGACGAAGACCAUCGAACUGAUGCAGGGCUACGUCCUGAUUUCGAACAACGAAGUCCAGAACGUGAACACCGGAGAAGUGGUCAGCCUGGAGCAGGCCAAGGAGCUUGGCAUCCUGCGCGAGGAAUCAACCACCCGGGAAACCAAGGCAGCGGCUGGAGAGAGUCCCGAAGCGGUUCAAAACCUGCCCACGAGCAGUGAUCAAACGGUAGUGGUGGAGGAGCGCACCCAGACAGUGGUGGUCAGCUCAGAUACGCACAAGCAGGAGAUGCAAGUGAUCAGCACCACGCAGUCCACCAAGGAAAUACCGACUAUUCCGGCUGUAAGUGAUGCCGAGACCAAGGUGGGCAAGGAGCCAUCGAAGACUCUGCAAAAUGUGAAGGAUGCUGCCAAGAUGGGAGCACUGGGAGUGAUUGCUGCUCCAGUGCUGGCCGGAGGAGCCCUUGUGAGUGGCGUUAAGAGCCUCUUCAACUCUGUGAAGUCUCCCGCAGAAGAUGCCAAGACGACAACCCAGAAACCAGAGAAACCUCAGAGCAGCUUCAUAGACCAGGAGCGCCGCAAUGUGCCAGAGCCACAACAAGUGCCAAGCGAGGUGGACAACCUCCUCAACGAAACCGAGAAUUUCAUCAGCUCCACAACUGCCAACUUCAUCAUCAAUGAACAGCAACAGGAGAAGCCUCAGGCGUUGUCGCGUCAGGAAGUGGAAUCCGCAAGCACGCUGACCACCACCACAGUCACAACAAUAACUACCUCAAAGACAACCACGGAGACUGGAGAUGCCGAACCCGUUGUGGUGGAGGAUGUCAAGACUACCACCACUGUGGAGACAACUCCAGUGGAGCAGGAGGUUGCCAAGAAGCCAGAAGAGAAGACAGCAUCAGCUGAUGUUCAAGUAACUGAAACCAUCACCACAGUGACCAGAGAGGAAACUAUUUCUGAGCCAGAAAAGACAAUCCAAAAAGAGCCCACGCCUGAGAAGAUUGUGGAGAAGAAGCCGUCGGAGGAGCCAGCUAAGAAGGAAGCCACGCCAGUUCCGGUAACCAAGGAACCAACCCCUGACCCGGUUCAAAAAGAGAAAACUCCCGAGCCAACACCCAGGGAAGCGGCUCAGGUCCCAACCAAGCCAGAACCCCAACCGAGAACUGCUGUUAAAGAGGAAGUGCCCGCUUUCGAGCCACCUUUCACAGCUCCAUUGGCACCUUUCGUAGAACCCAAAGCUGAGAUCACAGAAGUCACAACUGAAGUGCAAGAGCCGGUCUCAAGCACAGAAACUAUCACUACAAUUACAACAACUGUGACAACAACCAAUGAGCAGCCAAUAGAAGUCACUGAAGUGGACAAGUCCGAGCCGGCAAGGAUAGAGGAUGUUAAAGUCGAAGAACCUUCAGUCCAGGAGCCAACCAAGGACGACAAGCCAAGUGAGGUUCCCUCUCAGUCAGAACCCACUAGCUCAGUAGUGGUUGAAGAAAAGGUCUUCACUGUGGAAGAGCCAACCAUCACAGAAUCGACAGUAACCACAACCACUAUUACCACAACCACAACUACAACUUCCAGCGAAGAACAGCAACCCCAAGUGGUCACUGAGACUGUGAAGGAAGAAGCUAAGAAGGACACCACUCAACCAGAGAAGACUGUGGUCCCGGAGGCGGUAGAGGAAGAGCCUGCAAAAGAUUUAAGUCAACCAAUCGCUGAGCCUACUCAGACAUCCGAGACAGUGACCACAAAAACCACUAUUAUCAAGGAGGAGAAGCCCCAAAAGCCAGGAGACCUGGAGCAGGUGGUUCUGCCUCCAACUUCAGAGACCAAACACCAGUCAGUUGUCGACUUUAUUAAGGCUGAACAGAGCACCCAACCGUCCGAAGGAAGUAAGGUUCUGCAAAAUGUCAAGGAUGCUGCCAAGCUGGGAGCCCUGGCCAUAGUGGGAGCACCUGUCCUGGCCGGCAAGGCUCUGGUGGACGCCCUUACUUCAGAGAAGGCAGCGAAAACUGGGCAGCCCACUGGGCAGACUCAUGUGGUUACUGAAAUCGUGGAAGAGCUGCCUGCGGAUAUCUCCAGCAGCAGCACCACAAUUGUUACCAAGGUGACCACCACCACCACUACUACCACCACGACCGCCGAGGGAUCACCCGAGGAUGAGGCGCGCGAUGUCGUGGAGAUUCCAAGUUCGACUGUAGAACAAACCAUCAAACGGGAGGUGCCCAGGACCCUGCCCAUCGGCGAUGCCAUUUCCCAGAAACUGAUCAGCCGGGACGAGUGCCAGGUGAUUGUGGAUGGGGAGCAGCAGUCCCAGACUGUGGCCACUCUGCUCAAGGAGGAGCAGCUCAGUCCGUUGGACGAGGUGCAGAUAAUUGACGACAAGCUGAUUGUUCUGCAGCAGAUAUCCUACCUGGUGGACGUGGACACCGAACUGACGCCUGAGAAGCUCAGCGAGUUGAACAUUUACGAUCCCGAGAACCAGUACUUCAUCGACCCAACCACUGGCCAGAAGAUCUCCUUCCAGACACUGGUCUUUGACAUGAACAUUUUCAACCCAGAGACCAUUUUGGUGAAGAACUUUAGCACGGGCAAGUACGAGACACUGACAGCGGCCCUGGAGCGUCCGUUGCUGGACAGGCACACGGGCCACAUGGUCGACCCCAAGACGGGCAAGAAGAUCCCCUUCUUCGAGUGCAUUGAACGGCAGUGGAUAAUCCGAGCCGAUCCCGAGGAACAGAGACCGACGGGCAUGGAGAACGUGACUAUUGACCCACAGACCGGACAGGUGAUACUUGACGAUGGUCGGGUUUGCUCCAUUGUUGAGGCCAUCAACAGUGGCAAGCUGGACAUCCAGUCGAUAUCGGUGCGCGACCCAGUCAGCGGUGAAGUGAUUCCGCUGCGUAUGGCAAUUGAGUUGGGGGUGGUGGACAUGCAGGCGGGCACGGUGAUCGAUAUCCAGACUCUCAAGGAGAUCCCCAUGGAGCUGGCCUUCCAGCUGGGAUUCCUGGUGCCCGGUGCUCGCAAACCCAUCUCCCUGGAGGCGGCUGUUCGCAAGGGUCUCUACGACCCCGAAACGGGAAAACUCUUCGACUCUGAGAGUCAGAACCAGGUCGAUGUGCAAAAGUCCAUUGAGAUCGGUCUAGUUGACCCCAAGAUUUCCCUAAUCGUGGAUACGGUUACCAAGAAGGAGGUCAAGUUGGACUGUGCCAUCGAAGACGAGCUGGUGGUGCCCUCCACGGGCCAAAUCAAGGACAACAAGAACAACACCCUGGUGCCCUUCGAUGUGGGUGUGCAGCAGCGUCUGGUGAAGACAGACAGUGUGACCUGGAGCCUGCCGGAGGUGCUGCAGCGCGAGUACUACACGCCCAGCACUGGCAAGGUCCUGAAUCCAGUCACCGGCGAGGAGAUUCUCCUCCAGCAGGCCAUCGAGAUGGGCUUCGUGGAGCUGGACACCACUCUGGUGAAGGACGCCGACCACGACAAGAUCGUGCCGGGCAAGGAGGCGGCCAAGGUGGGUCUGCUGGACACGGUGCGCGGCACGCUGAGCUCGCCCAACAUUAGCCUCGACGAGGCCUUCGUCAAGGGCUAUCUGAUCAGCACCAAGAAGCCGCUGUCCCUGGUCGAUUGUCUGCUGCGUGGUCUCUACGACCCGUCGACAGCAAAGUUCACCAUCGACGACAAGCAGCUGGACCUCAAGUCCGCCAUUGCCCAGAAGCUCAUCAACCCCGAGGAGCUGGUGCUGCUCGACCCCAAAACGGAGUCCAUUAUUUCCCUCACCGAGGCCAUAGCCAAGGGCUAUCUGGACCCGAUUGGCGGGUACGUCAUCAAUCCGUACACAUCCACCAAGUUGUCGCUCCACGAGGCCCUGGAGAACAGGAUUCUCAUUCCGCCCAAGCGCAAGCGCAGCCUGCCGGACGCUGUCUACCGGGGUCUCUACGACCCGAAGACGGGCCAGUUUAGCAACACGGUGACCCGCGAGAAGCUCACAACUGAACGUGCCAUUCGCAGGGGCAUCCUCGAUCCCGAUUCGACGGUCGUCAACGUGGGCUCGGGCCAGAUCAUACCGUUCGGUGUGGCCACCGAGACGGGCAUUGUGGACAGUAGGCAGGGCACGGUGAAGGACCAGGACGACAAGUCGAUUGACUUUAAGGAGGCAUUCGACCGGGGGGUCUUGGUGGAGGCCAAGAAGCCACUGCGUCUCAUCGAGGCGGUGGUGAAGAAUGUCUACGACGAGGUGGACGGACACUUUGUGGACCCCAAGUCGGGCGAGAAACUGAACUUUGCCGAGGCGCUCAACACCAAUCUGCUGGACGAGCACAGUGUCCAGAUUAGGGACUUCAAGACGGGUCUCUACAAGCAGCUGAACCUCACGCACGCCAAGGACUCUGGCAUCAUUGAUGCCCAGAACUCCAAGCUGCUGUACAACAACCAGACCAUGACCCUCAAGCACGCCUUCGACAUUGGCAUCCUCAUGGACGUCAAUGCCCCGAUCAGCAUUCAACGGGCCAUCCACCAGGGCCUGUUCGACGACAAGACAGGCAAGCUCAGCGAUCCCCGAAGUGGUCGCCAGAUCACCCUCCUCGAGGGUAUGCGCAGCUUCGUCAUCAAUCCCCAUCUACCCUGCUACUUCGAUGAGCAAACCGAGACCAUGUACUCUCUCAGCGAGACCUGUCGGAAUGGCAUCAUCAACAGGCGCGAAGGCGUCUUCCGGGAGCCCGGAAGCAGCAGCUUUGUGCCUCUGGGCGAGGCCCUGAGCCUCGGUUUGAUCGUGGACAUAGAGAACGCCGGCUUCGGACUUUACGAACUUCUGUCCAUGGGCUUCUAUGACACUGCCACGCGCAAGGUCCUGCAUCCGGUGACCAACCGCAAGCUGAACCUCAACGAGGCCUGCGUGGAGGACGUGGUUAGCCUGUCCUCCAGCCUGGUCAAGCACCACGAGACCGGCAAGUACCUGCGCCUGGCCAACGCCAUCAAAGAGCAGCUUAUCGAUGACAACCGGGGUUGCUACAACUUGGGUAACGAACAGUUGGACUUGCAGGCCGCCAGGGCACGGGGUUUCAUAGUCUCCAACCGCCGCCUGCUCAGCCUGGAGCUUGUGCUGCGCCAGCAACUGUACCGCCCAGAAACGGGCAAGUUCUGCGAUCCAACUACCGGGGAGUACCUCGACCUCAUCGAAGCUAUCCAUUCAGGGUUUAUAGAUCCCGCGACUACGGUGUUCAAGAACCAGCUCACCGGGAAGGAGCUGCCUUUAAGCGAGGCCAUUGAAAACGGGGACAUUGACGUGUCCAAGGGGCGGGUAUUCGAUCCCAAGUCCAAGUCGGCCUACAACUACGACGUGGCUCUCGCGCGCGGCAUCCUGGUGACCGUUGCCCGCCCUCUAACCGAUCGCAGUGAGGUUGUGCGUCGCCAGGACAGCGUCGAACUUUUGGGACAAACGCCCGUGAGCGUCGUGAUCAGCAAGCCGCGCGAAAUGUCUCUCGAGGAGGCUAUCCGGUACAACAUAAUCGAUCCGAAGACCGCGCUCGUCCGCGAUUUCGAUAGCUUCAAGUUCCUGCCGUAUUCGGUGGCCGUGGAACGCGGGCUCGUGGACACCACCAAGCGCACCCUCGUGGACCCGAAGGCCCUGUACUUUGCCUUCGAUCCCACGUUGAUUGUUUAUGUCCGCGAACCGAUCACCUUUGACCAGGCGGCCGAGUCCAAGUGCCUGGACCUGCAGACCGGAGUCCUAACCUAUGUGCCAGUGUCCAGUGGAACUGGCAGCGAAUCCGCACCGGCCGGCGAUGAUAGUGCAAACGAUUCACUGACUGUCAUCGAAACGCCCAAGGUAUACACGCUCAAGGAGGCCGCCAGUGCUGGGGUGGUGGAUCCCGAUUCGGCGCUGGUCAAGGAUCUGGCCAAGGCCAAGCUGGUCCGCCUGCCGGAGGCCUUCCGCAAGGGUCUGAUGGACGCCAACAAGGCGAACGUGCUGAACACCCAGACCUCGAAGCUCUGCACCCUGCAGGAGGCCUACGAGAGCGGCCUGAUCUGCACACCCAAGCGCUCCUUCGGCCUGCUCGAAGCCAUCACCUUCAACCUGUACAAUCCCACCAACGGAUGCCUCGUAGAUCCCUUCCAAAUGCAUCCCGACAUCAUCCGCCGCCGCAAGUUCACGCUGGCGGAGGCCAUUGGCUCGGGUCUGGUGGAUCCCUCGUCGACGGUGGUGCGUGAUCCCAGCAGCGGGGUCAUCGUCCCACUGGCGGCUGCCAUCGGCAGCGGGCUGAUCGACGCCACCGAGGGCCGCCUGACCGACGCCAGUGACCCGAAGAACAACAUCGACCUGGUGAAGGCCGCCGAGAAGGGUCUGCUCCUGCCGGCAGAACAGAGGCAAGCAGUAUUUGAGAAGUUCAACAUGUGCGAGGAGAACGUCAACGACCUCCUCAAGUGGGUCACCACUGUGGAACAGAAAAUCUCAAGUGUCGGCGGACCACGCGAAAAGAUCGAUGAGUUGCGCAACCAGAUCAAUGCUCUCAAGCAAAUCAAGGACGAGAUUGAAUCCCAACAGCGACCUGUGGCCACGUGCCUGGAGCAGAUCCGCCAAAUCGUUCUCACCGGAGGCGAUGUCUUGUCCGCUCCAGAGGUCACCACCUUGGAGAACUCCGGCCGGGAGCUGCGUUCCCGAGUGGAUCGUGUCAACGAUCGCACCGUCCGCCUGCUCCGCCGCCUUGAGGCCGGUCGGGAUGAGCUGACCAAGCUGCGCAGCGAACUGGAUGUCUUUUCCGAUUGGCUGCAGGUGGCCCGUCGCACUCUGGAGGACAAGGAGCGCUCUCUGUCCGAUCUAACCCGCCUGCCCUCCCAGGCCGACUCGGUGAGGGAGUUCGUGAGCGAUGUCAUCGGCCACCAGGCCGAUCUGCGCUUCAUCACGAUGGCUGCCCAGAAGUUCGUGGACGAGAGCAAGGAGUUCCUGGCCAUUCUCAACGACUUCCGCACCUCGCUGCCGGAGCGCCUUCCCCAUGUGGAGCCGCUGUCCACUGCCGAGAGCCCCAUCCGCCAAGAGGUUUCCUUGGUAUCGGCCCAGUACAAGGAUCUGCUGAACCGCGUCAACGCUCUGCAGGAUCGUGUUUCUGGCCUGGGCGGACGCCAGCGGGAAUACCAGGAUGCCCUGGACAAGGCCAACGAGUGGCUGCGCAGUGUCUCCCCUCGGGUGUCGCGCAUCAUUGCCGAGCCCAUUGCCGGGGACCCCAAGGGCGUGCAGGACCAGAUGAACGAGGCCAAGGCCUUGCACAACGAGCUCCUGUCCAGCGGCCGCUUGGUGGACAACGCCCAGCAGGCUCUGGAUAACCUGUUGCGCAGCCUGGGCGGCCAACUGAGCCCCAUGGAAAUCAACCAGCUGGAGCUGCCCACCGCCGACCUGAAGAACAACUACCAGCAGCUGCUGGACAACCUCGGCGAGCACUGCAAGAACCUGGACAAGACUCUGGUGCAGUCGCAGGGCGUACAAGACGCUCUGGACAGUCUGGUGGGAUGGGUCAACCAGGCCGAGGACAAGUUCAAGCUGAACCUGCGCCCGGCCUCGCUGAUCAAGGAGCGCCUGCAGGAGCAGAUCCGCGAGCACAAGGUGCUGCUGGCCGACCUCCAGUCCCACCAGGCCAGCAUCGACAGCGUCCAAAUCUCGGCCAAGCACCUGCUGGCCAGUGCCUCGAACGCCCGCAUCGCCAAGAAGGUGGAGUCGAACCUCAACGACGUCACCGGCAAGUUCGAGAAGCUCUACGAGAAGGCCAACAAGCGAGGCGAGUUCCUGGACGACGUCUACAACCGCCUGGGAAGGUACCUGGACGACAUCAGCACCGUGGAGCAGCGCAUGGCCAGUCUGCAGGAAGCCCUCGACAGCAGGGAAACCAGCCUGCUGACCACCGAGGAGCUGGCCCGCCGCAUGAGCGACUUGUCGCGCGAGAAGGACCACCUGGCGCCGCAGUUCGAGGACUGUGUGCGCAACGGCAAGGAUCUGAUUGGUCUGCGCGAUGUCACCGACACCGGAGUGCUGCGCGACCGCAUCAAGGCCCUGGAGUCGCAGUGGCGCAACAUCAACAUCAGCAUCGACGAGAAGGCCAAGCUCUCCAAGCAGAAGGCCGAGCAGCAGCUGGCCUACGAGGGACUCAAGGACCAGGUGCUGUCCUGGCUGGCUAGCACGGAGGCGCGCGUCAACGGCCUGCCGCCGGUGGCCAUUGAUCUGGACAGGAUUAAGCAGCAGCACGACGAGCUGAAGCCCAUUUGCAAGGACUACCGCGACUAUGCUCCCACAAUCGACAAAAUCAACGACAUUGGAGCCCAGUACGACGCCCUCAUCCGCCCGGAGAGUCCGGCCCGGAAGAGGUCCACCUACAGCCCGAUUAAGCGCGCCAGCCCACUGCGCCGCAUGUCCGGAGACGCCAGAAGCCCCAGCCCCACCAAGGGAGGCAUCCUGUCGCCACUAUCGACUGGUUCCAGUGGAUUCGGUAGCCGCAGGUCCUCCCAGGACGGUUUCCAGCUGUCUGAGCUGUCUCCGGUACAGCAGCAGCUGAGCGAGAUCAACAACCGGUACGGCCUGAUCGGCGUCCGGCUGAACGACCGCCAGCACGAGCUGGACAACCUCAGCGAAGAGCUCCGCAAGCAGUACGAGAACCUCAAGGGACUGGCCCAGUUCCUGGAGCGCAUCCAGCGCCAGGUGCCCAAGGAGUCCGUCUCCAACAAGGACGAGGCCGAACGCUGCAUCAAGCAGGCGCGCAAGAUCCUCGAGGACAUGUACGAGAAGCAGAGCCUCCUGGACACCACCAAGGCCCAGAUCAAGGACAUCCUGCGUCGCAAGUCGGACGUUCCCGGGGCGGAGCAGCUGCGCCUGGAGAACGAGAACAUCCAGGAGAAGUGGAAGAAUCUCAACGACAUCUGCAAGAACCGCAUCGCCUUCUCCGAGAAGCUGCGCGACUUCCUCGACACCCACGGCAACCUGAAGAGCUGGCUGGACAGCAAGGAGCGCAUGCUGACGGUGCUGGGACCCAUCUCUUCGGAUCCCCGCAUGGUCCAGAGCCAGGUGCAACAGGUGCAGGUGCUGCGCGAGGAGUUCCGCACCCAACAACCGCAACUGAAGCACUUCCAGGAGCUGGGACACGAUGUUGUUGAUCACCUGGCCGGCACACCCGACGCCCAGGCCGUCGAACUGAAGCUAAAGGACAUCCUCGGCAAGUGGGAGGACUUGGUUGGCAAGCUGGACGACCGUGCCAAUAGCUUGGGUGGCGCUGCUGACAGUUCCAAGGAAUUCGAUGCGGCGGUGAACCGCCUCCGCGAGGCCCUCCAGAACAUCAGCGACAACCUGGACGCUCUGCCCACGGAUGGGGACCACCAGGAGAACCUGCGCAAGAUCGAGAACCUGGAGCGCCAGCUGGAGGGUCAGCGUCCUCUGCUGGCCGACGUGGAGCAGUCUGCCGCCACCUUGUGCAACAUCCUGGGCGAUCCCGCCUCCCGUGCGGAUGUCAACUCCCGUGUGGCCGCCCUGGAGAAGCAGUACCUGGCCCUGCAGAAGAAACUGGACACCAAGAAGGCUGAGACGGAGGCUUCGCUACGCGAUGGCCGCCACUUUGCCGAGAACUGCUCCAAGACGCUGGGCUGGCUGGGAGGAGAGCUCUCCAAUCUCACCGACCGCCUGCUGGUCUCCGCGCACAAGCCCACUCUGCAGCAUCAGAUCGACACCCACGAGCCCAUCUACCGCGAGGUGAUGGCCCGCGAGCACGAGGUCAUCAUGCUGAUUAACAAGGGCAAGGAUCUGUCCGACCGCCAGCAGGACCGCGGCGUCAAACGCGACCUGGACCGCAUCCAGCAGCAGUGGGAGAAGCUGCGCCGCGAGGCCGUCGACCGCCACACUAGGCUGCAGACCUGCAUGGAGCACUGCAAGAAGUACUCCCAGACCUCGGAGCAGUUCCUGGCUUGGCUGCGCACCGCCGAGGACAAGCUCUCGGAUCUGACACCCGGAGUCCUGUCCAAGGCCAAGCUAGAGACGCGACUUCGCGACCUGCAGACCUUCCGCAGCGAAGUGUGGAAGCACUCGGGCGAGUUCGAGAACACCAAGGGCCUGGGCGAGACCUUCCUUACCAGCUGCGACAUCGACAAGGAGCCCAUCAAGGCCGAGCUGCAGGACAUUCGCGACCGCUGGGAGCGCCUGAACAACGACCUGAUUGCCCGUGCCCACGAGAUUGAGAACUGCUCCCGCCGCUUGGGCGACUUCAACGAUGAGCUCCGCAACCUGGACCAUUCUCUGGGCCGUUGCGAGGAUCGCCUGGCUGCCCACGAUGCUUUGGGAGGCGCUGCCAAGGAUCCCAAGCUUCUGGAGCGCGUCAAGGCCAUUCGCGAGGAGCUGACCAAUCUGAGCAAGCCCCUGCAGUCCCUUAAGGCCCUGGCCAAGGACAUCAGUGCCGAGGCGAGAGCCGCUGGUGGAGACGCCGACCAUCUGACCAGCGAAGUCGAUGGCUUGGCCGAUCGCAUGUCCGAGUUGCAGGGUCGCCUGGAUGACCGUUGCGGCGAACUCCAGUCCGCCGCCACUGCCGUCUCCCAGUUCAACGAACAGAUGAAGAGCCUGGGCAUCGACCUGAACGACCUGGAAACGGAGAUCGAGAAGCUGUCGCCCCCGGCGCGCGAAAUCAAGAUUGUGCAGCAGCAGCUGGACGACGUGGGCAAGAUUCAGCACAGGCUGGACCGCCUGGUGGGUCGCCUGGAGGAUGCCGAGCGUGCCGCCGAUGUCCUGGUGGAUGCCGGCUUCGCCGCGGACACCACUCAGACCCGCGAGCAAAUCUCCACGCUGCGCAAGACCCUCGGCCGCCUGGACAACCGGGUGCGCGACCACGAGGACAACCUGCAGGCCACUCUGAAGGCCCUGCGCGAGUUCUACGACAACCAGUCGCAGACUCUGGACGACAUCCAGGACGUCAGCGAGGAGUUCAAGCGCAUGAAGCCUGUGGGCUCGGAACUGGACCAGAUCCGCCGCCAGCAGGAGGACUUCCGCAACUUCAGGGAGCGCAAGGUGGAGCCGCUGGCCGUCAAUGUGGACAAGGUCAACGUGGCCGGACGGGAUCUGGUGCGAUCUGCUGGCAGUGGUGUCUCCACCACGGCCAUUGAGAAGGAUCUGGAGAAGCUGAACGACCGCUGGAACGACCUGAAGGAGCGCAUGAACGAGCGGGACCGCCGCCUGGAUGUGGCUCUGCUGCAGUCGGGCAAGUUCCAGGAAGCCCUGGCCGGCCUCUCCAAGUGGCUCAGCGACACCGAGGAGAUGGUGGCCAACCAGAAGCCGCCCAGCUCCGACUACAAGGUGGUGAAGGCCCAGUUGCAGGAGCAGAAGUUCCUCAAGAAGAUGCUCCUGGACCGCCAGAACUCGAUGGGUUCCCUGGCCAAUCUCGGCAAGGAGGUGGCCAACCACUGCGAGCCCGCCGAACGGGCCUCCAUCGAGAAGCAGCUGAACGACCUGAUGAAGCGCUUCGAUGCCCUUACCGACGGAGCCGAGCAGCGCGAACUGGACCUGGAGGAGGCCAUGGAGGUGGCCAAGCGGUUCCACGACAAGAUCAGCCCCCUGGAGCUCUGGCUCGACAACACAGAGCGUGCGGUCAAGUCCAUGGAGCUCAUUCCCACUGACGAGGAGAAGAUCCAGCAGCGCAUCCGCGAGCACGACCGCCUGCACGACGAGAUUCUGGGCAAGAAGCCCGACUUCACCGACCUCGCCGAUGUGGCCGCCCAGCUGAUGCACUUGGUCAGCGACGAGGAGGCCGUCAAUCUGGGCGAGAAGGUCCGUAGCGUGACGGAGCGCUACACGGGUCUGGUGGAUGCCAGCGAUAACAUCGGAGAUCUGCUGUCCGAGUCCCGCCAGGGACUGCGCCACCUGGUCCUCAGCUACCAGGACCUGGUGGCCUGGAUGGAGAGCAUGGAGGCGGAGCUGAAACGCUUCAAGUCCGUGCCCGUCUACGCCGAGAAGCUGCUGGAGCAGAUGGACCAUCUGCUGGAGCUGAACGAGAACAUUGCCGGCCAUGCCUCCAAUGUGGAGUCCACCGUGGAGUCUGGUGCCGAGCUCAUGAAGCACAUUUCCAACGACGAGGCCAUCCAGCUCAAGGACAAGCUGGACUCCCUGCAGCGUCGCUACGGAGACCUGACCAACCGUGGCGGAGAUCUCCUCAAGAGCGCCCAGAAUGCCCUGCCUUUGGUGCAGCAGUUCCACGAGGCCCACACCCGUUUGGUCGAGUGGAUGCAGAGUGCCGAGGCCGCCCUGGCCCCGAGCGAGCCCCGCCAGGCGGACGUCCUCCGGCUGGAGGGCGAGCUGGCCGACAUGCGUCCCAUCCUGGACACCAUCAACCUGAUCGGACCCCAGCUGUGCCAGCUGUCGCCGGGAGAGGGUGCCGCCACCAUCGAGAGCAUCGUCACCCGGGACAACCGCCGAUUCGACUCCAUUGUGGAGCAGAUCCAGCGCAAGGCCGAGCGCCUGCACCUGAGCAACCAGCGUGCCAAGGAGGUCACUGGAGACAUUGACGAGCUGCUCGAGUGGUUCCGGGAAAUGGACACCACCCUGCGCGAGGCCGAUCCCCCGGCCAUGGAGCCCAAGCUGGUGCGCGCCCAGUUGCAGGAGCACCGCUCCAUCAACGACGACAUCUCCAGCCAGAAGGGACGCGUCCGCGACGUGACUGCCGCUUCCAAGAAGGUGCUGCGCGAGUCGCCGCAGAGCGAGAACACCGCCACCCUGCGCGAGAAGCUGGACGACCUCAAGGAGAUCGUCGACACCGUGGCCCAGCUGUGCAGCGAGCGCCUGGGCAUCUUGGAGCAGGCCCUGCCCCUGUCCGAGCACUUUGCCGACUCCCACCAGGGACUGACCGCCUGGCUGGACGACAUGGAGCAGCAGAUUUCGCGCCUCAGCAUGCCAGCCCUGCGUCCGGACCAGAUUACCCUGCAGCAGGACAAGAACGAGCGCCUGCUGCAGUCGAUUGCCGAGCACAAGCCGCUCCUGGACAAGCUGAACAAGACGGGAGAGGCCCUGGGUGCCCUGGUGGCCGACGAGGACAGCGCCAAGAUCAACGAGAUCCUGGACACGGACAAUGCCCGCUACGCCGCCCUCCGUUUGGAGCUGCGCGAACGCCAACAGGCCCUGGAGAGUGCUCUUCAGGAGUCCAGUCAGUUCUCCGACAAGCUGGAAGGUAUGCUCCGUGCCCUGGCCAACACCGUGGACCAGGUGAACCAGCUGGAUCCUCUGUCGGCUCUGCCCCAGAAGAUCCGCGAGCAGAUCGAGGACAACGAUGCUCUGAUGGACGACCUGGACAAGCGACAGGAUGCCUUCAGCGCUGUCCAGAGGGCGGCCAACGAUGUGAUUGCCAAGGCGGGCAACAAGUCCGAUCCCGCCGUGCGCGACAUCAAGGCCAAGCUGGAGAAGCUGAACAACCUGUGGAACGAUGUGCAGAACGCCACCAAGAAGCGUGGCAGCUCCCUGGACGACAUCCUCAGUGUGGCCGAGCCCUUCUGGAAGCAGCUGAACAGCGUGAUGAAGACCCUCAAGGAUCUGGAGGAGACCCUCUCCUGCCAGGAGCCUCCGGCGGCCCAGCCGCAGGACAUCAAGAAGCAGCAGGUGGCCCUGCAGGAGAUCCGUCACGAGAUCGACCAGACCAAGCCCGAGGUGGAACAGGUGCGCCGCCACGGCAGCAACCUGAUGAACAUGUGCGGCGAGCCCGACAAGCCGGAGGUCAAGAAGCACAUCGAGGAUCUGGACAACGCCUGGGACAACAUCACCGCCCUGUACGCCAAGCGCGAGGAGAACCUCAUCGACGCCAUGGAGAAGGCCAUGGAGUUCCACGAGACCCUGCAGAACCUGCUGAAGUUCCUCACCAAGGCCGAGGACAAGUUCGCCCAUCUGGGCGCCGUCGGCUCGGACAUUGAUGCCGUCAAGCGACAGAUUGAGCAGCUCAAGUCCUUCAAGGAUGAAGUCGAUCCGCACAUGGUUGAAGUAGAAGCAUUAAACAGAGGUCUCCAAAGACAAGCUGUGGAACUGACGGAACGCACUUCACCCGAGCAGGCGGCAUCUAUCCGGGAGCCCCUGUCGGUGGUCAACCGCCGAUGGGAGGCCCUGCUCCGUGGCAUGGUCGAGAGGCAGAAGCAGCUGGAGCACGCCCUGCUCCACUUGGGACAGUUCCAGCACGCCCUCAACGAACUGCUGGUCUGGAUCAACAAGACCGAUGGCACCCUGGAUCAGUUGAAACCAAUCCCUGGAGAUCCACAACUGCUGGAGGUCGAGCUGGCCAAGCUCAAGGUUCUGGCCAACGACAUUCAGGCCCAUCAGAACUCGGUGGACACCCUCAACGACGCCGGCCGGCAGCUGAUUGAGACCGAAAAGGGCUCCGUGGAGGCUUCCACUACGCAGGAGAAACUGCGCAAGCUGAACAACGAGUGGAAGCAGCUGCUCCAGAAGGCCAGCGACCGCCAGCACGAGCUGGAGGAGGCGCUGCGCGAGGCUCACGGUUACAUAGCCGAGGUCCAGGACAUCCUGGGCUGGUUGGGCGACGUGGACGCCGUGAUUGGAGCCAGCAAGCCAGUGGGUGGUCUGCCGGAAACGGCCACCGAGCAGCUGGAGCGCUUUAUGGAGGUGUACAACGAGCUGGAGGAGAACAGGCCCAAGGUGGAGACCAUCCAGGCCCAGGGCCAGGAGUACAUCAAGCGCCAGAACCAAAUGAAGGUCUCGUCCAGCAACCUGCAGCACACGCUGCGAACGCUGAAGCAGCGCUGGGACGCAGUGGUCUCCCGGGCCUCCGACAAGAAGAUCAAGCUGGAGAUUGCCCUCAAGGAGGCCACCGAGUUCCACGACACCCUGCAGGCCUUUGUGGAGUGGCUGACCCAAGCCGAGAAGCUGCUGUCCAACGCAGAGCCCGUAUCCCGGGUGCUGGAGACCAUCCAGGCCCAAAUGGAGGAGCACAAGGUGCUGCAGAAGGAUGUGAGCACGCACCGCGAGGCCAUGCUGUUGCUCGACAAGAAGGGCACACACCUGAAGUACUUCAGCCAGAAGCAGGACGUGAUCCUCAUCAAGAAUCUGCUCGUCUCCGUGCAGCAUCGCUGGGAGCGAGUGGUGAGCAAGGCCGCGGAACGCACCCGUGCUCUGGACCAUGGCUACAAAGAGGCCCGCGAGUUCAACGACGCCUGGAGCGGCAUGAUGCAGUACCUGCAGGAGACCGAGCAGACUCUGGAUCAGAUCAUCGAGGAGGCCACCGCCUCCAAGGAGCCGCAGAAGAUCAAGAAGUACAUUGGCAAGCUGAAGGAAACUCACCGCCAGCUGGGUGCCAAGCAGUCCGUCUACGACGGCACCAUGCGCACCGGCAAGAACCUGAUGGAGCGCGCUCCCAAGGGCGAUCGUCCGGUUCUGGACAAGAUGCUGCUGGAGCUGAAGGAGCAGUGGACGCGUGUCUGGUCCAAGAGCAUCGAACGCCAGCGCAAGCUGGAGGAGGCUCUGUUGCUGUCCGGCCAGUUCAGCGAUGCUCUGGGUGAGCUGCUCGACUGGCUGAAGAAGGCCAAGAGCCGGCUGAACGAGAACGGUCCGGUGCACGGCGACCUGGAGACGGUCCAGGGACUCUGCGAGCACCACAAGCACAUCGAGCAGGAUCUGCAGAAGCGCGCCGCCCAGAUGCAGGGUGUCCUGAAGACGGGUCGCGACCUGGAACGCUCCGGCAACAACCCGGAGGUCGGUCGCCAGCUGGACGAGAUGCAGUCCAUCUGGGAGGAGGUCAAGAACGCCGUUGCCAAGCGCGGCGAUCGCCUCCAGGUGGCUCUGGUCGACGCCGAGAAGCUGAAUGCCCGAGUCCAGGCCCUGUUCGAUUGGCUGGAUCAUGCCGAGCACAAGCUGCGCUACGCCAAGAAUGCCCCCGACGACGAGAAGGUGUCCCGCGAAAUGAUGGACAUCCACAUGGAGUUCAUGAAGGACCUGCGAGUCCGCGAGCGCGAGAAGACCGAGACCUUCGAGUACGCCGAGGAUAUCAUCAACAAGGCCUAUCCCGAUGCCAUUCCGAUCAUCAAGAACUGGCUCUCGAUCAUCCAACAGCGCUGGGAGGAGGUGCGCCAGUGGGCCAUUAACCGCGAGUCCAAGCUGGAGCAGCACUUGCAGUCGCUCAAGGAUCUGGACGAUACCAUUGAGGAGCUGCUGGCCUGGCUCAGCGGACUCGAGGGCACUCUCUUGAACCUCAAGCACGAGCGCCUGCCGGAUGAGAUUCCACCGGUGGAGAAGCUGAUCGAGGACCACAAGGAGUUCAUGGAGAACACCGCUCGUCGUCAGAACGAGGUGGACCGCGCCUGCAAGCCGCGCCAGCUGCCUCCAGGAGCCCGCAAGCCAUCUCGCAGCGGCAAGACACCAGUUCGCGGCUCCAGCCACGAUCUGCGCGAGACGUCACCCGACGGCACUCUGAGGCGUCAAAGCUUCAAGGGAUCUCGCGACCAAGGACUCAACGCCCGCAAGGGAAGUCGUGUCACGCCCACUCGAGACACGCCCGACAGAGACCGCCUGCCGCACUAUGGCCCCAGGUUCUCGCCAAGCACUGCUGGACCCGAGCUGGAGUUCCGUUCGCCUCGUGCCAAGCUCCUGUGGACCAAGUGGCGCGAUGUCUGGAUGCUGUCAUGGGAGCGCCAGCGCCUGCUCUACGAUCAUCUCCUGUAUCUGAAGGAUGUGGAGCGUGCUCGCAACUUCAGCUGGGACGAUUGGCGCAAACGCUUCCUCAAGUACAUGAACCACAAGAAGUCACGUCUCACGGACCUGUUCCGAAAAAUGGACAAGGACAACAAUGGCAUGAUUCCACGCGAUGUCUUCAUCGAUGGCAUUCUCAACACGAAAUUCGACACCUCUGGCUUGGAAAUGAAGGCCGUGGCCGAUCUCUUCGAUCGCAAUGGCGAGGGUCUUAUUGACUGGCAGGAGUUCAUUGCCGCCCUGCGUCCUGACUGGCAGGAGCGCAAGCCAGCCACCGACUCGGACAAGAUUCACGACGAAGUCAAGCGCCUGGUUAUGCUGUGUACCUGCCGACAGAAGUUCCGAGUGUUCCAAGUGGGCGAGGGCAAAUACAGAUUUGGAGACUCCCAGAAACUGCGCCUGGUCCGCAUCCUUCGCAGCACUGUCAUGGUGCGCGUGGGCGGUGGCUGGGUGGCCCUGGACGAAUUCCUGCAGAAGAACGAUCCUUGCCGCGCCAAGGGACGCACUAACAUUGAGCUACGCGAGCAAUUCAUAUUGGCCGAUGGCGUCUCCCAGAGCAUGGCCGCAUUCACGCCCAGACGUUCCACGCCCAAUGCGGCCGCCACUGCCUCCUCCUCACCCAAUGCCCAGAAUGGCGGCAGCUCCAACUUGCCGCCAUACAUGAGUGGACAGGGUCCCAUCAUCAAGGUACGCGAGCGUUCGGUUCGCUCCAUUCCCAUGUCAAGACCAUCGCGCUCGUCGCUCUCGGCCAGCACUCCGGACUCACUGAGCGACAACGAGGGCAGCCAUGGAGGUCCCUCGGGUCGGUACACGCCCCGCAAGGUCACCUACACGAGCACGCGCACAGGCCUCACGCCAGGAGGCUCUCGUGCCGGCUCCAAGCCCAACUCGCGCCCGCUCAGCAGACAAGGAUCGAAGCCGCCGUCGCGACAAGGCUCCACCCUAUCGCUGGAUAGCACAGACGACCACACUCCCUCACGCAUUCCACAACGCAAACCCUCAACGGCCAGCACCACCAGUGGAACCACUCCGCGUCCGGCUCGUCUCUCGGUGACCAGCACCACGCCGGGUAGUCGCCUGAAUGGCACCAGUACCAUCACCCGCAAGACCGCCUCCGGCUCAGCCAGUCCGGCACCCACAAGCCGGCCAUCACGGAUACCGAUUAAGAUACCCUCAUUCGAUUCCAAGUCAACAUCGCCCACCAGCUCGACCACGAAUCCAACCAGCUUGGGGCGGAACAUCAGCGGCAGCUCAACUCCCUCGGGCAUGCAGACGCCGCGGAAGAGCUCGGCGGAGCCAACGUUCAGCUCAACCAUGCGGCGCACAUCCCGCGGAACAACACCCACGGAGAAGCGCGAACCGUUCCGGCUCUAAGUCAAGGAUGAUAUUGGAGAAGAACAAGAAUGCCACACCCUUAUACACCCCACACUCAACUCUACUUACUAACUACUGACGCACUGAAGUUCUAAACUAAACCCCAACACUCCCCGAAAGAUAUUCAAAAGUCUACAUUAGCAGAAAAAUGUAGCAGAAUCAGCACACAGUUCUAAAGAGACUAACUUUAAAGUGCCCUAAAAGGAAGAGGAGUUAAGGAGCGAGACAAUUUAUAGACGUUUAUACUAUAUAUAUAUAUUUUGUAAAAGACAAACACACACACCACACAACAAAUGAGAUCAGAGACGGAAUGCAGACAUAUAGCUAGCACACAAAGUUGAUCAGACAAGCAACCUACUUACGAGUACUACUAAUACUAAUACUACCUUUUGCUACUACUAAUUUGUAAUGCCCACUACCUUUAUUCACUAGUUAUACACGUUUCCAAAAUUAUGAUUUGUAUAUACUUCUAAAGAGGAAAGCAAACGUAAAUUAAUGAAAAAUACACUCCAAGUGCUCUAAGGCAAUUAAACAACAAAAAAUACAAAAAACCUAAAAACGAAAAAAAAUAUUUAGAAAAAAAAAAAAACAUUCGAAUGAAAUGUCGUGACCUUUGCUGCAAACCACCUUGCGUCUGGGGACUCCAUCAAAAUCGCCAGUUUGGUGGACACCUGGUGCAGGAAACGGGGCGUGGCAGAGGGUGGCACGACCCAAAAAAUAACUAAACCCGUUAAAAGAGAAAAAAUUUGAUUUUGUUCUGUUAUUAAACUAAUAGGAAAGUGAAAAUUGUAAGCCGCAUAAAAAUAUUUAAUUAUAUACUAAAAGUCAUUACUAUAAGUUUAAUUAAUAUUUAACUGUUAAGCUACAAACACGCAGAUUUUGUCUUGCAUAAUUAUUUUGUUUUUUUAUAUGCAAUGGCAGCGAAUGAAUUACGACGCAUAGUGGGUGGAAUGCAACCGAUGCCCCUUUCUAUAAAUAUUGUAAAAUACUAAUACUAAAUUAUUUUGUUGUACGAAUCGAAGGAAGUGCAUUAAAACACGUUUUUUGUAAUUCAAUUAAAUUAAAACAAUUUAAAUGCGAAAUAAAAAUUUACAAAAAAUAAUAACAUAAA